UUCGCCCAGGAUAGUCACGACGCGACGCGCACGCGACGACGUGCCGCGAAAGCCAUGGCGAUGCGAAUCCCCAUGUGGCAGAUGAAUGGAGAGGUUUUGCACGUGGAAGUGAUGCCCGAGAUGCGCGUGGCGGACUUGAAGCAUCAACUGCGAGUCUUGCAGCCCAGUGCCGACAAGCUCCAGCGGCGCAUUACGCGUGUCGAGGUGCUCUUGGACCACGAAAGACUGCAGGAAGACGAGCAAACCUUGGGCCAUGCAGGGCUCUUGCCGGAUUCCGUCGUCCAUGUGCUCUUCACAAUGAAUGCUGUGGUGUGCAGCAGCCAGGAAGCUUCUGGAAAACAACCCUUGGAACUGCAAGUCGUGAGCAUCCCAGAGUCGGCCACAGAGAUUGAGGCUGCUGCCUUCCAAGAUUGCAGCCUUCUUGAGCUGGUGUCGAUUCCAAGUUCCGUGGCCAGGAUCGGGGCUGAGGCUUUUGCCAAUUGCAGCUCCAUCACCCAGGUGAAGCUGCCCGAGUCCUUGGCGCACAUCGGAGAGAGCGCCUUCGCCGGCUGCGCCUCCUUAAGAUCGGUGGCCAUUCCCAGUUGGGUGGCCAUCGGGGAAGGCGCUUUCAAGUCGUGCAGCUCCUUGAGUUCCUUGAGUCUCGACUCCGUUCUCACCCUGGACACUGAAGCCUUUUGUGGCUGCCGAAGCCUGAAAGAGGUGAAUAUCCCAGGGUCCCUCCAAGAGAUCAGCCCCAGGGCUUUCAGUGGUUGCUCUGCCUUACUGAAGCUGAGCAUACCCGACAGCAUCCGAGAGAUUGGGGAGAGCGCUUUUUUCGCCUGUAGCUCUUUGACGACCUUGAACAUUCCAGACUCGGUGCUCAUCGAUCGAAAGGCAUUUCAACUCUGUAGCUCCCUGCGUUCCCUUCAUCUGGGAGACCACGUGCAGAUGGGGCCCUGCGCCUUUGCUGGAUGCCACUCUUUGAAGAGUUUAAGCCUGCCCAAGUAUAUGACUGUCAUUCCGCAGAGUGCCUUCAGUGGUUGCUGCUCCUUGAGUGUCGUGAGGAUCCCCGAAGGGGUUUUCCAGAUUGAAUCUGGUGCCUUCAGUGACUGCUUGGCGUUGACACACGUCCACCUGCCCUCAUCGCUGAUGUCCAUUGGAGAGAACGCCUUCUGCGAUUGUCACUCACUUUGCACCAUGACCUUGCCGAGCUCUCUGAGUCAUAUGGGGAACUCUGCCUUCCUGAAUUGCACUUCUUUGACCAGUGUGAGGAUCCCAGGCUCUUUGACUCAGAUUUCCUCCGAUGCCUUUCAUGGCUGUUGCUCUUUAGCCAGCUUGGAGAUCCCCAACAGCGUCACCACGAUCCAAGAAGCCGCCUUUAUGGGCUGCAGCUCUUUGACCACAUUGAAGAUCCCAGAGUCCGUGAUCUUCAUUGGCUGCAAAGCGUUCCAGGACUGUAGCGCUCUCAGCAGCUUGAGCCUCCAAGGGAGCGGACUUCGGGUGUCCGACUUCGCCUUCACCGGCUGCGGGUCGGAUCUGGUCACUCAAAGCUGCUUUGGCCAGGCUCGCUGCACAGCGUUGGCCUUCGACACCAGGGUCGUGGUGCCGGAGGUGAAGGACCUUGAGAGGACCGUCGCUUCUCACGACGUCGGCGAAGAGGUCUCUUUGAGCUCAGGACCCAAGCGCCUUCCUCCUCAGGACGUGCUUGUGAUCGGCCGCUUCCGCAGACCGUGGUUCCUUCAUGAACGAGUGGCCAAGCGCUGUGCCACAUCGGGUGUGGCGAAUCCGCUGCGAAGGGGGGGGGUUCGAGUCAACCACUGCCGGCACUGAAGAACCCAAAGAAGAUGUGGAUGAAGAUGAGGUGUUAUCUCAUCGCAGUUGCUGUUCCCGCUUGCAACGGCUUUUCUCAUGAGAUCCAACCAGCGCAUCCACUGUGGCCACAACGGGGGGCGUGGUGGUCGGAGGCUGGAAAAGCAAAGCAACCAAUGUCGCCCACGGUAUAGAAUAGCAUCGAAAGGGCCAGGUGACUUCGGGCGACAAGAAGGUCAGCAGGCAAUGGGUGUCAGUUCUUUUGCCC